AUGAGGAGGAGGAGGAGGAGCAGAACAACGACAACAACGAGGACAAGGACGAGGACGAGGAUGAGGAUGAGGACGGACGGGGAUGAGGACGGGGAUGGGGAUGGGGGAUGGGGACCAGGACGAUGGGAUCUAUGGAGGAUGAGGAUGAGGAUGAGGAUGAGGAUGGGCGUGUGGGAGGAUGGAUGGCAGGAACGAAGCGAGAUUGCUGGCUGGACCUGCUGUUUUCUCAGUGUGGGGCGGAUGGUGCAGAGAUUCUACCCGCAAGCAAUGUCCCCUGCUGCUAGUGAUAACCACUUCGGUCCUGAUAGAGCGAUAGAAGGCGGAGAGGCCAGAACCUGA